ACUGCGCAGCUCUUCCACGCUUAGACAAACCUGGACCCUGAGCCAUGUCUCUUCUGUCAGCCCUGAGCAUCGUCUGUGGAUUGAUGCUCCAUGUUUGUUUCAGUCGCUACUGUGUCCCACGAAAGACUGUCCCCUUCCAGAACGAGCUGAAGUUGUUCAGAGAAGAGGGGAUCUUCAAUUACUCGACCAUGCUAAUGAGAGAUGACCUGGGCGUGUUGCUGCUCGGGGCAAGAGAGGCCAUCUACGCUCUGGACAUCAACAACAUCUCAGUCAGGAAGGCUGCAGUGUACUGGCGAGUCACCAAGGAGAAGCAGAGGGAGUGCACGUACAAAGGAAAACACGCUGAGGUGGAAUGCCGUAACUACAUUCGAACCCUGCACAAAAUGAAUGACACGACAAUGUAUGUGUGCGGUACGAAUGCUUUUAGCCCGACAUGUGACUAUAUGACGUUCGCUAAUGGACAGCUGAGGCUGGAGGAAAAGCAGGAGGAGGGAAAGGGGAAGUGUCCUUUUGAUCCCUUUCAGAGAUACUCCUCCCUCAUGGUUGGAAAUGACCUGUUUUCUGCUACAUCCAUCAACUUCUUGGGCUCUGAGCCGGUGGUUCUGCGCAGCUCAAACUUGGCCCUUCGCACUGAGUUUAAAAGCUCUUGGCUCAGUGAGCCAAAUUUUGUCUACAUGGACUUUGUGGGUGAGAGUUUUGAGAGUCCCGACGGCGAUGACGAUAAGGUUUACCUGUUCUUCAGUGAGAACGCCAUGGAGUACGACUUCUACAGCAAAGUUGCAGUGUCACGAGUGGCCCGUGUCUGCAAGGGGGAUAUGGGCGGCCAGCGGACACUGCAGAGGAAAUGGACGUCGUUCCUGAAAGCACGUCUGGAUUGUUCCUUCCCUGAACCCAGCCUGCCCCCCAUUGUCCAGGAUGUCUUCCUGCUGAAGCACAAGAACUGGAGGAAGAGUGUCUUCUACGCUGUCUUCACUCCGCAGUCGAGCUUGUCCCAGGUCUCCGCAGUCUGUGCAUACAGCGUGUCCGACAUCGGAGAGAUUUUUAAUGAGGGGAAAUUUAAGACGCCUGUUGUUGUGGAGACGUCUCAUGUCAAGUGGGUGAUGUACACUGGUGAAGUGCCGGUUCCCCGACCGGGAGCGUGCAUCAACAAUGUGGCUCGUAAAAUGGGGAUGAAUCGCUCCCUGGACCUUCCGGAUAAAACCCUCCAGUUCAUCAGGGAUCGACCUCUAAUGGACGAAGCUGUUCGUCCGCUGACCGGAGCUCCGCUGCUGGUCAAGAGAGGACCUCUGCUGACUCGGAUUGUUGUGGACUGUGUUUUGGCGCUGGAUGGGCAGAGCUACGACGUCAUGUUCAUCGGCACAGAAAACGGUUAUAUUCAGAAGUCAGUAAACUACGCUGGAGAGAUGUUCAUCAUUGAGGAGAUUCAGCUGACAGAAAACCCUGAACCCAUCAGCAUCCUGCGACUCUCAUCCAGCAAGGGCCAACUGUAUGCCGGUUCAGAGUUCGGCGCCACCCAGAUGCCGGUCAGUAACUGCAGCCGCUAUGAGUCUUGUGUGGACUGUAUCCUGGCCAGAGAUCCUUACUGCGCCUGGGACUCCUCCGCCGAUCAGUGCUCCUCCGUCAGCAGCUUGUCUUCCUCCUCAAAUGAAGCGGUUCAGAGUUUAAAGGAGAGAGACGUGUCACUGUGUCCUCCACCAGAUCCAGUAGCAGCUGUCGACUUCACCCUGGUUCCACAGAACAACAUCCAGCUGCCUUGCCAGCUUCACUCAAACUUGGCGCAGGUUCACUGGCGCUUCUCCGACCGACUGCUUCACUCCGACAGCAAAUACUACAUCUACAGCGGGGGCCUCCUCAUCCUGAGUGCCUCUGAAUCAGACGUCGGCCUGUACGCCUGCGACUCAGUAGAGGAGAUAAACGGCAGAACAUACAACCGCACUGUGGCGGCUUAUCAUUUACAACUCUACUCUGGCCCAGCGGCGGGAGGCAGCUCCACUCCUGGCACCGAGGUGACAAAUUCCUCAGACUCUAUUCACAGCGUGAACACAACAGCACCAGGGCCGGGGGUGCUAAUCGAGGGGCCGCUGGCCCCCGAGAAUCAGAGCGACACCGGCAGAGUGACUCAUCUAGAGGUGGCUGUGGCCGUGUUGUCGCUGCUCUGUAUCUCCCUGAUGGGCGUCAUAUUCUGGAUGUGGAAUCGAGGACAUUGGGAGUGUUUCAAGUUUGUGCAGAGCUCCAGCUCCAGCGAGGCGAAGAGGCAGUCAGCCGAGUACAUGCACAUCCAGAACAGAACUUCAGAGAUAAAGCUCCUGGGGCCGGAGUGUGGGAGACCUUGCAGUGCCAAUAAUAAUCACACUGCUGUUGACUUCAAAGGGAACGGGGAGCACCACUUCACACCUAUGGCCAACAUUUCAAGUCUGGAUGGUCUGGGAUACAUAAAUGAUGAGUCAGAGAUCUGACUCUGCUGAGGUAUAGAAUUCAGUCCAGGGCCAGCACCACUGCACUAAUUAUCCUGCUAUAGGUGUCCUCCUACUGAAAGAACUCUUAAAAACUGUUUUCACAUUAUAAAUUCUUUUGAUUGGUGUCCUUUUUCUCCUUGCCAAUUUCCUUCACUGUCUAUCAUUUCCAUACUGUAACCGGGCAGCUGAUGCACUCUGAAUUAGACACGGUGGAAAUCUCACUCCGGGAAAUCAUUGAAAAGACACAUUUUUAUAUAAAUACAUUUUGUAUAAUGACAAAUUGUGAAUACACUUGUGUAUAAUAUGCCGUGUACAGCCAAAUUUCCUUUUUUUGACUAUUUAUUUGUCGCAGUUAUGUUUUUAUUUCAGCUUAAUACUGUUGUAAUCUUGUAAAUGCCGAUGGAGAAGUAGCAUUUUGAUCUCUAAAUUCCAAGCGCAUUUCAUUUAAUGGAUACUGCUGUUUAUUUAUAACAUCAUGCAGUGGCUGUGUUAAUGAUUAAUCAAUAGCCCGCACUGCUCUUAUAUUUCCUGGUGGCAGUCAAAAGAUGUACUACAAAUAUACCUCCGCUUUUAAACACUGAGAAACCACUCAUGCAGUCUUUGUUAUACCUCUAUCUUCCAUAAAACAGGACUAUUUUGCUGUAGUAAAUGUUUUAUCAUCAUUUAGGGUGAUCUGAUAACCAGGGGUACACAGUUGCAUUUCAGCUUCCAAGCAUAAACUGAAGUCUUACUAUGAAAAAGACAAAAAUGUCACUGGAAUGUAAAAGUGUGGGCGUUUCUGUCAGCGAAUCAACUCCAAGACACAUCACAUGCAAGAAUAUUGGUGUCAAACUCUGGAAAAACGCUGCCUUGUUCAUAAUAAUAAAAAAAAAAUAAAUCAAACAAAAACUUUGCUGAGAAUUUGACGUGCAUCUAGCUGUCAGUGAUGAUUAGCUUUUCUCUCUCCACAGCCGAGAAAUUAGAUUUUGAGUGUGACAGGCUUGUUGUCUUGAUGUUUCCAGCAGAUACUCUUGUGGUUUUGCAGGGUGGGAUAACACCACACACAGACACACACACAGUUAUUUCAGACCUGUUUGUUUUGGUCACAAAAAAGUCAAGUGCAGGAAUGUAGCCUCAAUCUACUGUUUUUUUUUUUGUACUCUGUCAUUAACACUAGUGCUCAGAGCUUCCCGCCUUGUGCUUCAUGUGAAACAAGUACAGUAGGUGUGAAAGGCCUGAAGUGGGUCUCUGCUCAAUUAUUCAACAGUGCAGUAUACGGAAGUUGCCAUUAACAGAAUUUAGGAUGUAUAUAUUAGUCUUUUAAGGUAAUAAAUUAAUAAAACAUUGUACGUUUGCAUUGA